AGAGAGGCGAAAGGCUAGAGUGUGUUAGACACGUAAUCAAUCCAUUCUAUGAUGAUGAUCUUUUUUUUCAGGGUGCAAAAAUAACAGCUGUGCUUACACUGCAGACAAAAAGAACGAUAUUCUGGAACAUUCCAUUAUGCGAUAUUCUGAGAUAUCCUAAGAUGGUGCAAAAGAUCUUCACCGCCUUGGAAUUGAUAGAUUACGUGUAGAGGCAAAAGUAAAUUGACUGAAGAAUCUUAAAUACGUAUUUUGAAAAAAGAAUAAAUAAAAUCUCAAAGCACUAACCACAGAUGGACUGAAUCGUGGUGGAUCUGAAAAAUUUUAAUAGGGCGAAAUCUCAGAAAGAAGUGCGCCAGAAGCAGUCGAAGCGAAAAAUUCGCGCAUCUUCGCAUAUCUUUGUUUUUUUGUCAUUACUUUUUGGAAGAGGAAGGGGAUAGAGUAGUUUAGGAAAAAACUUUUUGAUGAUUUGAAGAAUUUCUGCGAAAAAUUCUAAAGGAAAGCUAUCGUCUUCUCAGAAAUUCGCUGCUCGGACUGGACUCUUACAUCACACUUCCUUUCAUCAGAAUCGAGUCAAGCAACUACGGUUAGGGAUAAGGUUGUGUCUCGCUAAUCGUCAGUUUGCUUUGUAAAAAAUGGACGAUCUCAAAAACUUUUAAGAGAUCUGACGAACGAUCUUUGAGAUUUGUUGCUGCAGUAUCGUGGAAUGAAAGUGAAAAGGAUGUCAGAGUACUUCAGCAUUUCUACUGCUCAAACAUCAUCAAUAAACUUUUUUAACAAAACGAAUUCAUGCUUAUGAAAGUUUCUCUAUAACUGUCAAAAAUAGUCGUCGAUUGAUAGGGCAAAAUGUACCCAAACCUAUCGUAUGAUAGCAAGUAUAUAUGAUUAUAUAAUAAGCUAUGGCCUGAUCUACACUACACUACGCAAACUCUGAGUUAAGAAAUUUGAUUGAUGUUGCUCCAAUCAAACUUCUUAACUCAAAUUAACUCUCGUAGUGCCACUGUCCUGAAAUGUUACGGUAAAACGUAACAUUGUUACACUUUUAGCAUGACAUUGUUAUACAUUUACCGUGACAUUUCUGGACAGUGUGCAGACCGGACGUAGACAGUCCGGUGAUUCCGGAUGGUUAUCUUUGACGGUUAGCGAAAAACAACCGUGUUCACCAGGCCUGUAGGGGCGACUUUCUUUCUCCUACGCUGGAUAGGCGGCUAGUAAACCAGUAAGCCAGUAGACAGUAACCUUACGUUGUCUGCGCGCUCAAUAUACAUAUAUUCACAUUCUCUCUAAAAACAUGUUGAAAACAACGGACAGACUUGCUGUUUCUCAUUUAAAUGUUAAUCAAUUUUUCCUAGCUCGCUUAGGUCAAGAUAAAUAAAGGUAGCCCUUUCCGUUUAAUCGCUACUAUCAACGUUUUUUAAUUUUGAAAUUACGGUGGUUGUAGCUAUGAUUGGUCUUAUCUAAGGGUUGUAUCACAAAAAAACUUCAGUCGUGGAAAAUGUAGUUUUAACGUUAAGACUGGAAACUUAAAUGGGACUUAAGUCUAGUCAAAAUUUAACAAUUGUCGACCAUCGCCCCCAUCUUAAAGUUCUUCUGCUCGAAUCCCAACAAACUUACAACCUGUAGUAUAAAUUAUAGUUGACAGGCAUUUAAUUUUUAGCGAUAGUCUGUUCAUUUGCAUAGUGCAUAAAGUUAACUGUUUUACAGUUGAUAAUAAAAUGAUGAUUCAGAAAAUAAUGACGGUGGUUUAUUACAUAUUGUUCAAAUGUUUGUAUUUGCUGUUUUUUUUACUUUCCGUUUAUAUAUUGUUAAGCCCGUAGGCUGUACAAAAAUGUUUCAAUCCAUGUGUUUCUCAAUCUAUUUUUGUGUAUUGUUGUUAUUUGCAAUAUUUCUUCUAUUCGUCUGACGUUAAUUGUAGAUAUAUAUUUGCUUAAAAAGAAACCCUGAUUUCAACAUAACUGUUACUCUUACUUGUUAAUUCGUAUGUAUCCUACAUCUCAUAUACCAACAUCGUAUCGUUCUUCUAUUUUGUUUCGCUUUUCUGUUUUAUUCUUUUAUUGAGGAAAAAAAAUCAAUAAGAGGAAAAUUGAUUUUUUUAACAGUUUGAGUUGACGAGUAUUUUUUUAAGCAGAUUGAGAAUUCUUACGCAAAAAAACAUUGUAACAGUUAAAUAUAAGUUACUCCUGAUGUAACUGUAUGAUACUUUCUUGUUUUAAUAAAGUAAAAAAGGGGAAAAUGAAACAAACGUUAUGAAACGCGUUUACACACGUUGUAUCCCAUAGGAAACGGGUCAAAAAACGGGAGUGUCCUAACGCCUUUUUUUGCCGUUUCUAGCGAUUUUUUGUGCCUGGGCCACUCAUGUAAAUUUGUUAGAUGAAAAAAAUUCAUUGGUACAUUACGUCUAUGUACUAACAAAACACUGGUAAAUUACCUUCAAAGAAAGAUAGAACUUGUAAGAAGGGAAAUGUUUUAUCCUCAAUAUACUUUUAUGUCAUUUAGUCUUUGUGUUGGCCUUUGUUUCCUUUUUAGCUUUGAAUAAGUUUACUAUUUCGAAUAAAAGAAAAAAUUGCCAUAGCAAAAAGAACAGGGUCACAAAAAGAAACAACCAGCAUCAUUAUAAUUUCUUCAAUAUAGAAUUUUUAUUGAAAGAACGAUAAUAUUUAGAACAUUUUGUUUUAUAAUGGAUAUAACUAUUACACACUGUAAAAAAUAGUCGUAGAUUACUAAACUAUCAAAAAGGAUUUAUUGAGACUAAUAAACUUUUUAAAAAACGCUUUUCCGUUUUUUAUAUCCAAAGAACGUUCGUGAACAGUGCAAAAUGAGCGUGAAAAAAGCGUUCGUGACAGGUGCAAAAUGAAAAACGAGCGGUUUUAUAUAUAUGGUUGCUAAACAGAUUAAUGAAUACUAGUAGUAAGUAUGAUAAACGAGUUUUACUCAACUAAAAUCAUAUUUAAAUAUUCAUGUUCCGUCUCUUACAUCUGAUACAUGUAUACUUUAUCCGUCUUUUCAAAGGACUAUACUGGAUUAUCGCUGGAAUUAUUGUGUUUCUUUUGAUUAGUUAUUAUAUUUCAAAAUAUAAGAGGUCCAUCAACUUUAAUUUUCAUGUAAAGACAAAGGAACAAGAAGAUUCGUGUCAAUGGUAUUUUCAUAACUAUUCGUCGAGUCAGUGGGAAUUAGAAUGGUACUCAAAUAUUGAAAAAUUACAAAAUCAUAUUUGUGAAAUAUUGACUCAAACGUCACAUUCAUCAAAAUCCAUUCAACUUCUUCAGAGAGUAAUAGAUUUAAAUCAAAAUGGAUAUCUUCCUUCAACAGUUGCUGCUGCUGCUGAUAAUUUACUGUCACGAAUGUAUUAUCGCCAACAAUGUGUUAGCGCGAGUGGUGAAAAAUAUAUUCGUUUAGAAGCUUAUCAAUUAAUUGAACCGUUGAUUGGUCUGUUAAGAGAUCCUCUCACUAUUUGCACGUUUACAAACGACUUUAUUAAGCUAAUACCGAAAGACUUGUACAUACAUGGUGAUGAAGCCUUAUUCUCUAAAAGACACCUGUUAUUGACACCGGCAGCUCCGUAUGCAGUAAUCAAUCAAAAUAAUUUUCCUAAAGCAGAAUUACCACAGUUAACACAACCAUGGACCUACAAACGAAGUCAAAUUGAUGAUUCUAAAAUUAUAACAAAUUCGCCACCGCAGAUAAUUUUACUUGAUUUGGGCAGUCAAUAUUUUGGAAAAUCUGACGCUUUUACUAGUACUCGAUGGUUCUAUGAUUACUUUAAGAAGAGAUCAAUGUCAUUCAGUCGUAUUAUAGCUUAUGAAAUUACAUCAUUAGAGCCCACAACGGUUUGGGACCAAGUACCUGAUGAACUUAUGUCCGCUUAUACACUAAUCAACGUCGGAUGUUCAGCUGAUAGAACUAGUAAAUAUAAUCCAUGGCGAUUGCUUUUAGCAAUAGCCAAGCCCGAAGACUAUGUUAUUGUAAAACUCGACAUUGAUACACAUGCUGUUGAAAUGCCGUUGAUUCAACAAAUACUUGAGAAUUCAACGAUUUCUCACUUAAUCGACGAAAUGUUUUUUGAACAUCAUGUAACGCAGACGAAUAUGAUAAAGUACUGGGGGCAUUCACCUGGUUCAAUGAAAGAUAGUUAUCAAUAUUUCACAAAACUGAGACAAACGGGAAUUAGAAUGCAUGCAUGGCCCUGA